AUGGAGUUCUUCUCUGACGAAGCAUUGGCCAUUUUUGUGCCCAUCGUGGUGUACUGGGUAUACUCAGGCAUGUACAUGGCGCUUGGCCAGUCCAUGGACAAGUACAGGCUGCAUCCGAGGAAGGAGGAGAACAGCAAGAACCUGGUGUCCAAGCGGGAAGUCAUUAAGGGCGUCCUCCUGCAGCAGCUAGUGCAGGCAGGAGUGGCUGCCGUUGUGUUCACGCACACGGGAGAUAGCAGCUCAACAAUGGCAUACGAUGAGGAAGCACAAGGAUCAUCAUCAUACUCCUACCUGACGGUGGCACGGCAGUUCGCGGUGGCCAUGAUUGUGCUAGAUGGGUGGCAGUACGCAUGGCAUAGGUACAUGCACCUGAACCGGUUCUUGUACCGGCACAUCCACUCGUGGCACCACCGUCUCGUGGUGCCCUACGCAUUCGGCUCACAAUACAACCACCCCAUUGAGGGCCUCCUGCUUGAUACACUCGGCGGGGCACUAGCCUUCAUCGUCUCGGGCAUGUCACCGCGUGCAUCCAUCUUCUUCUUCUCGCUCUGCACCAUCAAGGGCGUGGAUGACCACUGUGGCCUGUGGCUGCCGGGAAAUUUGUUCCAUCUCUGCUUCUGGAACAACACGGCGUACCACGAUGUUCACCACCAGCUGCGUGGCAGCAGGUUCAAUUUUUCGCAGCCAUUCUUUGUGACAUGGGACAAGGUCUUCGGGACGCAUAUGCCUUACGUGCUAGAGGCGAGGCUCGGUGGCGGGCUCCAAGCGCGUCCCCUCACAGCGAAGGCCAAUGGCGAAGAAAACUAG